AAAUCAGCAUCCAUUAACUUUCUUAGUCUCUAUACAUCUUCCCUUACACAUACACAUUCUCUUUCUUUUAAAACCCCAGACAUGUCCUACAAACCUCACUACCCGAUCGUCUCGAGCAACCCCAAGGUCUGGCUUGACAUCCAGAUCGGCGGGGUGGAUGUCGGGCGUAUCAAAAUUGAGCUCUUCGCGGAUGCCGUGCCGACGACGGCCGAGAACUUCCGCGUGCUCUGCACAGGGGAAAAGAAGCUGACCUUCGCCGGGUCCCCCUUCCACCGCGUGAUCCCAGGCUUCAUGUGCCAGGGCGGAGACAUCACGGCAGGGAAUGGGACCGGGGGGGAGUCCAUCUACGGUCCCACCUUCGCCGACGAGAGCUUCCAGGGCAAGGCGGGUGAACACUUCGGUCUGGGCACCCUCUCUAUGGCGAACGCUGGCCCGAACACGAACGGCUCGCAGUUCUUCAUCUGCACGGCGAAGACGGAGUGGUUGAACGGGAAGCAUGUGGUCUUCGGACAGAUGCUGGAUGGGUACGACGUCCUCAAGGCGAUCGAACGCGUCGGCUCUAGUGGUGGCGCGACGAAGAAGCCGGUGAAGAUCUCCGCCUGCGGACAGGACAAAAGCUAAAUAGGGUGGAAUGGCAACAUCCAUUAACCAAUAUAUUUUAAUAGUAAUAUAUAUUUAUUUAUUGAAAGGUGAAAUAGGGCACUAUUUUUCUCUUUUCCAUUAAUAAAAAGGAGAGUAAUAUUGAAGAAAAAUGAUAGUUUGAUCGUCGAAAGUACCUUUGCAUAUUUUUGAUUCUAUUUUACUGAGUACAAUUCGGAAAGUGCUUCAUCUCAGGAUCUUUUAUUCUAUUCCAGUUAAUAGGUGAAAAAAUGUAGAUAAACACGCGUUGGCUUUCUUUUCUAUUUUUCAUGUCCCUAUAGCUUCAGACUUUUUUGUAACCUGAGGUAAAUAAGCUAAUGUAAGCGAAAAGAGAUGGAAAAUUGAGAGAAUUCGUAGUGUGUUUAUAUAUCUAUCUAUAAAAAGAACGUUCUAUCGACUUUAAAUGACCAUUGUGCAUUCCUUCA